AUGUCCAUGCGAGAAGGCGAGACUCUUAAAACGUAUUCAGAUAGAUACUGGGAAAUGUUUAAUGAGAUAGAGGAAGAGCACGAUGAUGUGGCCAUAAGUACUUUCAAAGCUGGCCUUCCAGCCGAUCAUGAUUUAAGGAAAUCUCUAACUGGUAAACCUGUUACCAGUGUACACCAAUUGAUGGAUAGGAUUGAUAAGUACAGAAGAGUAGAAGAGGACCAACUUCAGGGAAAAGGAAAGGCCAAGGUGGUUAAUGUAGUGUUUAGGGAGCCGAUGCAGCAGGUAUUGGAGAAGAUAAAGAAUGAGCCAUUUUUUAAAUGGUUAAACAAGAUAGCAGGAGAGCCUAAAAGGCGCAACCCGAACCUUUAUUGUCACUAUCAUCAGGAUCAUGGACACACGACGGAAGAUUGCAGGAAUUUAUGGGACCAUUUGGAGCAGUUGGUCCGAGAGGGGAAAUUGAAGCAACUCUUGCAUCAUUUCAGUGGUAGGGUAAGCCAGGCAGGCUCAAAAAUGCGUGGGGACGCUUCUUCAAGACUCCCCCUUAGUACGAUAAACGUUAUUUUUGUUGCCCCAGGGAGGACUGGAUCUUGUCCUUCCAAGGUACUGUCGGUGUUUCGACCUCCAGCCGAGGAUCAUUGCCAAGCGUCGAAGAGAGCCAGGGUGGACGUCCUCCUGAUUCUGGGCUUUUCGGAUGAGGACAAGGUUGGAACCAUACAGCCCCAUGAUGAUGCUCUGGUGGUACAACUGAGAAUUGGUGGGUACGAUGUAAAAAGGGUGAUGAUUGAUCAAGGUAGUGUUGUUGGUAUAAUGUACUCAGAUUUGUAUAAGGAGCUAGGUCUGAAGCCAAAGAACUUAACAGCCUACAGUUCCCCUCUGGUGAGUUUUGAGGGAAGGAUGGUUGCUCCAAAAGGACAAAUCAGACUACCUGUGCAAGCCGGUAUGGAUGUGGUGGAGGUGGACUUCAUUGUUGUAGACGUUUUCUCUCCAUACAUGACUAUUAUGGGCAGACCUUGGCUUCAUACCCUGAGAACAGUCUCAUCUACUCUACAUCAGAAAGUGAAGUACCCAUCGGGAGGCCAAGUAUUGGAGAUAGUAGGAAGUCAGGUUGCAACUCGGUAG